UGUUGAUGUUAUGUAUGUAUGUCGUUGUACAGUGCAUGUGUAACGAUGUGAAGAKCUUGUGGAUUUYYCUUCGUUUCUCCUUUUAAACCCUUCAGAGCCCAUGUAGUGAGAAAUCCCUUUGUGAUUUUCAAAUGGCAAUGCAGACGUGUGUAGUUUAUGGUCGUUUUUUCUGUUCGCAAGCUCGGCAAGCAGUUGGUCAAAUUCUCGGCCAGCAAACUGGCCCGGCGAGAGUUCGUCUUGUCGCAGUUUGUUGUGGAUUUUCCAAGGAUUUGAAUUCACCUGCGAGGAAGUUUGUAUUCGGAGAUGAUGCUUACUUUGUUGCAGAUAACAGGCAGARCAGUGUUAUGGGGGUUGCAGAUGGAGUUGGAGGCUGGCGUCAAUAUGGCAUUGAUUCAUCCAAGUUUGCAAGUUCUCUGAUGGAGGGGUGCAGAAAAUUUGUCAUUAGUGGUGGUCUGGAUUUACAAUCACCUAUUGCUAUUCUUAAAAGUGCUUUUAAAGAAAUGACAGAACUCAAGGAUUCUGUUUUUGGAAGCAGCACUGCAUGUAUUGUAGUACUAGAUAAAAACAGCAAGACAUUGCACUCUAUGAAUUUAGGAGACUCUGGCUUUGUAAUCAUAAGAAAAGGUCAUAUAGUACACCAAUCAUCAGACCAACAGCAUUACUUUAAUACUCCAUAUCAACUAGCUAUUCCUCCACCAGGACAAGACGGACGAGUCAUACAAGACAGUUUGGAUGAAGCAGACAGUACAUCAUUUCAAGUWGAAGUUGAUGAUCUCAUAGUCAUGGGUACAGAUGGUUUAUUUGAUAAUUUACCAACAGACCAAAUAGUUGAAGAAGCAUCUUUAUUAGAGAACUUUGACAAAGAAAACAUUCAGUUACUAGCAGAUAACCUUGCCACAAAAGCCAAGUGUCUUGCAUUUGACCCAAGUUAUGACUCUCCUUUUGCAAAGCAAGCUAAAUUUGAAGGUUUGCAGAUAACUGGUGGAAAACCAGAUGACAUCACUGUACUUAUUAGUGUAGUUACAUCAGACCAAAGUCAGGCAACUGAAUGAAGGUCAUAUGUCUAGUACUUUAAUAUUGAUAGUAUAACAUAAAUAGUUCAUUCUGAAAACGGUCUUCAUGGUGACAUUAAUGUUGGUGAUCCAGAGACUUUUAGAGUUAAUGCCAUAAGUGAAGUAGAUACCAUCUCGAAAAAUGGCUGAUUUUUGCAUCAAAGUGAAAAACGAGUUGAGUUAUGUAAUAGAUACCUUUUUCACACCAACAAUAAUUAUUUCACAGUAUCUAUCACUGCAGGCUUACAGGUGUCUCAUUUUGAUGCAAAUUAUCCUGAUAUUUUCAUUCAAUAUUUUUCAACAUUGAGUUUGACUGAAAAUUGUAAUAUAAAUUGUGCUCAAAACAUAGCAGGUUGCACUUGGUAUUUUAUACAAGAUGUGGUAUGUCAGCAUGAAAACCUCUCUUAGAUUGGUAUGUCAUUAUAAUAAUUYUUAAUUGGUGUUGAGAGGCAGCAGUAGCAAAAACCUGACUUUCUUAAUUUUUGGUAAAACAAUAGAAAUGAAUAUUGAACAAAUGUACUCUAGCUUCGAUAUCUUAUCCAUGCAGCCUAAGCCCCAAACGUAUCAUAAAAAUGAUAUUCUUUUUAUUAUAAUAUAAUAUCAAAACCUUGUUGCAUUGUGUGAUAUUGAGGCUAAGGUAGACUUUGCUCGCUUAUUUUUUUCUCGUGCUUCGCGCUCGGAGUUCUAUUCUUUCGUUUUAUGAGUCCAAAGAGAGUCUGCCUUGUAGCAAGUCUAAGGCUAAGGCUGCACAAAAAGAUCCUUUGAAACUGGAGCAUUGCUAUGAUAUAUAGAAAACACUAGGAAAAUGUAUUAUGCAAGAUUAAUGCAACUUUGCAUGCUUUUGAAUAAUUAUAUUUUAUUAUUUAUUAUUAUGUUUGAUAAUGUUUUUGUCCUUGGGUAGGGAGAUACUGUAGGGUGAGUGUCCUUAAUAACGCACAGUCUUGUACUUGAGGGGGGAUUUUUUGAGAUAUUGCAUUCAAUAUUUUUUACAUAAAUCUACCAUGUCACUCAAUCAGUCCUACUUUUCUGUAGGCUGCAUGCCAUAGCAAUGUAGUUGUACCAAAAUGAAAGGGAAAAGAUAGUUUGAACAUUUCAAGUUAAUUGAGUUUUACAAUUAUCAUUCUAUAGUUAUCAUUCAAUAUAUUGCGUUAGUUUGAGAAAUGUACAGAUUUCAUAUUUUUAGCAUUUGUAAUGAUUAUAAUAAUUAGUAACCAGAUGCCUUUCAAUGACUUAUUGAUUGUGGUUAACUCAAACACUAGAACUCUAGUACCCUUUUUUCAUAAUGUUUAGGAAAUUGUGAUUCACAUUUCUUAAAACAAACUUGUACAAUUUCUUUAAGUCUUAGCUUUAUCAACUAAGAUAGUUUCUGUGUCCAACAUUGGUUUUUCAAAUAGGUGUAAAUAAUGAUAUCUAAACUCAGUCAUUUCUUCUUCUUUCAUCGACAUUGUCAUUGACUAGAUCACAUGACCAAUCAAUCAGUGAAAAAAACAUCAGUGAUAAGUACUAAUUUAGUGCAGACUAUGAAAAUAGGAAACAUAGUAACAUUGAGCAGUGCAGUUUCAUGGUGUUUUUACACAACAUAGUUACUAUCUGACAUUCUAAUUUUUUUCAUGAAAUUUGUCCAGCUGCUAAAGUAAUUAGCUAGUUGUGUAAAUUUUGYAAUUUGUAAUUAUAUUAUAGUGAAAUAAUAAUAAUAAAAAAACGUUUUAGAAAA